CCAACUACUAAUCCUAUCCUCCCUCCCUAUAUGAUUGUAACGAUCUACUGUUUUUACUACUCCACCGCACCCAAGUUAGGCAGAAUGACGUCCAGUUCUAGUGAGCGAUCCUGCCAAGCUUUAGCAAUACUUUUCCAGGUCGUUACAAUCAUACAGGGGGUGAUAGUAGAGCAGUACAAAGUAGGACUACGGAGUACAGCACAGCACGAGUGCCUGCCGGCACAGUACCUCCAUAAGGCACUAGGCUAGGUGAAGAACGGCGGGGCAGCAAGACCCCCUCCCCCCCGAGGCUGAGGACGUUAGCUUUACCUUGCAGUUAUGCUUUUGACAUUUUGACAUCAACCUUACAACAACCUCAGAUCUCCUCCUGCGUUGUGAACUAUCGCAAUUGCUCAGCACUGCUUCCCAAGGGCUUUGAGACCUCUUGAUCACUGCAAUUUUGUGCCAUGGCUAAUCCCGCGUCGCCCAUCCAAGCGCAAUCGCCGUCGCCCCCGACCGACACGAUGCCUCUGCUCAAUGGACAGCGGCACGCUCAAGAUCAAGACCAGACCAGCCAGUGGCAGCCAGUUUCGGGGGGAAAUCGACAACAUGUGUCCUUGCGCGUUUCUCGUGAGGCAUGGCACGCGCUGAGUGCUACGAUCCGGUACAGCUAUUCAAAUGUCCUUCUCGUCUGCGUACCUCUCGGUAUAUAUGCCGCUGAACACGGCUGGAGCCCCGCCGCCGUGUUUACUCUCAACUUCCUGGCCAUGUUCCCGCUCGCCUCCAUAUUGACCUUCUCGACUGAGCAACUGGCAGCCGAGUUUGGCUCGGUCAUUGGUGGAUUGAUCAAUGCCACGUUUGGCAAUGCCGUGGAAAUGAUAGUUGGCAUAAGUGCUCUCAAGGAGGGGGAAAUAAGCAUUGUGCAGUCGAGUAUGAUCGGCAGUAUUCUAUCAUCCAUCUUGCUUAUUCUUGGUACAUCUUUUUUUUGUGUCGGAGUGGGAAAGCAAACGGUUGACAUCAACAUUGACAUUGCCGGCAUUCUCACGUCGUUGAUGAUCAUUUCGUGCUCCUCUCUCAUCAUUCCGUCCGCUCUCUAUAUCGCCAAUCCCGGGUCUAAUGACUCCAACCAUAAUCCAAACGAUUAUAUCUUGAACUUAUCCCGCACCACAUCCAUAAUCCUCCUCAUAUUUUACCUGCUGUAUUUAUUCUUCCAGUCUUAUACCCACAGUCAUCUCUUCACUGAAGAGGAAGAGGACGAGCAAAGCGACAAGUUGAGCACCUGGUCUAGCAGCACGGUUCUUAUUCUUGCGACUGUCGGUGUGGCGGUCUGCUCCGAUUAUCUCAUCGACAGUGUCGACGGCUUCGUCGAGGCGUUAGGUGUCAGUCGCAGCUUUAUCGGUCUCAUCAUCGUGCCCAUCGUUGGGAAUGCGGGAUGCUACGUCGCCACGGUUAAAUGGUCCAGGACUGGUAAGAUAAACCUUGCAGUUUCCGUCAUUGUGGGGAGUACGUUACAGAUAUCACUGUUCGUUACCCCGUUCUUGGUGAUAGUAGGUUGGAUCAUUGGGAAAGACAUGACAUUGCAGUUCGACACCUUCGAAACCAUUGCUCUCACCAUGUCAGUCCUCAUAGUGAACUGCCUGGUUCGUGACGGACAGACCAAUUACUUUGAAGGUGUGCUUUUGAUCGGCACCUAUGUUACUAUUGCCAUUGCAUUCUUCGUCCACCCAGACUCUGAUACAGCCAUAAAUCUGGCUGGGUCUAUACCGAAUAUCACAAAUUUCGCUUGAAUCGACACCCCGAACGGAUCCGUGUCCCAACACUACAAUAUACCCCCCAUUAGGAUUCAGCAAUAUUCAACUCGAUAGGCGAAGACACGGGCGGUCUUUGUUGCAUGUCUAGAUCUGAUUGUAUGCAAGUAUUAGAUAUUUAAUUAUUAGACCUCAGGGCUGCAUCACAGAAUAUGGGCAGUUCGGGUGGGAAAUACUAAAGUCUGUGCUUUGGCACACGCCACCAGUUUUUGUAUGAGAAAUGCUGAGAUAUUUGAUUCAUUCUCAUACUGUUUUAGCGGUGGGGCAGCCGUCGCAUACUAUACCCAGCUGGAGCUGGCUAGGUACUGUGACACAUUUAAACUGUUC